CCCUCUCCCCGACCCCUCCAGUCUUUCCCCUUCCUCCCAGUCCCUCUCCUCCUCGCCUCCCCUUUUCUCUCAGCUCCUCGCUUCCCGCCUCGUUUGGCUUCCGCCCCCCUACCCCACCAACUUCCUCCUCCUCCUCCUCCUUUUCUCCCCCUCCCCCCGCCUGCUGUUCCUGCGUCCCUCGCGAGAGCCUAACCGUCAGCUAAACCGCGCUUCCGCUCCUGCGCACUAUCACCGAGGCACCUGGGAAAGGCGGUUGAGGGAGUUCAAGUCCGGCUCUCGGGCUCGUCAUGUCCUCUAAUCUCCUGCCCCCUGUAGCGCUAACCCUCAAACAGUUCAUGAGAAGGCAACAAGUCCUUCUUCUAUACAGAAAGAUUUUACAAGCAAUUCGCCAGGUACCAAACGAACAAGAUCGAAAGUAUCUACAGAACUGGGCAAGGGAAGAAUUCAAAAGAAAUAAAAGUGCCACAGAAGAGGUAAGGGUGCUCAAGAGCUCGGCCUGGUGGCAGCAGCCCCCCCUUUCACUACUGUUCAGCUUCUUUUCAAUGAUUGGAUAUAAUCCGAAUGAUGAUUACGCAAGGCAAUCUGCAGUUGAAAGAAUUGGAGAAAACAUUAAACUUAGCAAAAGCAUAACUUCAUAACUUCCCCAAGGGGUUUUCAGAAUCUGUGUUGGAGUACUACAAGGUAAAUGGAGUUUUAAACUCAUUGCAAGGAGUAGGAAGCUAAUAUGUUUGUAACAACCCUUGCCUAGUGAUGAUCCCACUACAGAGUCAAAGAACAUGAUACAUUUGUGUAGAAUAGCAUGACCUGGACCCUGACUUGUGUUAAGGAAGAACAAAUUAAAGAGUACCUUGGGAGUUGCCUUAGUAGUGAAAAAUAAAUACCAACAACUUGUUUUAUUAUUUUGGAUAUGUUGUCAGUUGAGAAAUAACACUAACCAAAACAUAUUGAUAAAAAGCCAUUAAAAAUGUGUUUUCUUGCAUGUCACAAA